AUGCUCUCGAGCAAAGUGUUGUUCCUUGGGGGCAGCCUGAAUACUAAUACGCUUCCUGGUUCUAAAGUAAAGCAAAAUUUCAAAGGAUGUAUGAAGAAGGUCUUUUAUAAAGCCGACAGCAUUGAAUUAAAUCUGAUUGAGUUAGGCCGAGAUAAGCAUGACUUGAUCGAUGUUGUUGGGGAUGUCCAAUUUGGAAGAUGUCACAUUCAUAUAGAUCCUGAACCUGUCACGUUCACCACAUCUGAAUCAUUCAUCACCCUCCCAAGAUGGGAUGUCUCCAAGGGAGGCAACUUAUCAUUCACAUUUGAGACCAAUGAACCGAAUGGUGUCCUAUUGUACAAUAGCAGGCGAGAAAACUAUGAAGAUUUCUUAGCUUUAGAACUUCUUGAAGGUCAUGUGUACUUUGUCUUUAGUGUAGGAUCAGGUUCACAAAAACUUCAAGUCACUAACGAGAAAGUCAACGAUGCCACAACUCAUUACAUCUUCAUUAAUAUGACAGCUGAUGGAGGAUAUGUUGAUGUGGAUGGACAUAAGACUGAUUAUGCAGUCCCUGGCAAAAGCGUAUUAAGUCAACAUGGGAAAAUGUAUGUUGGAGGCAUUGGUGCUAAAGAAGAACAAGCUUUGUUGCCAAAAGAAAUCUGGGCUGGGAUGCUAGGAUAUGGGUUUGUUGGCUGUUUAAAUAAAUUUUAUGUGAAUGGUGACCCUUAUGACUUGCCUGCCAUUAGUGCUGAACAAAUGGCCACAGGAGUAAAAGCUGAAUGUCGCAAAACACCUCCUCAAUGUGUAAAACGCCCUUGCAUGCACCAAGGAAAUUGUGCUGAGGGAUGGAAUCGUUUCAUAUGCGACUGCAGACAGACUGGCUAUUAUGGCAAACUUUGUGAACAUGUUGCUUCAAGUCUUCAUUUUGACGGCACUCAAUACAUGAAAAUAAGUAUGCCAGGAGAAUCAAAAACAGAAGUUGAAGAUAUAUCUUUGCGGUUUAAUACAGUGAGGCCCCAUGGCCUCCUCUUCCUUACUGCUUCAGAAGAAACAAAAGACAUAAUGGAAUUACUACUGGAAUCUGGAGCCAUUAAACUGAAGCUAAAUCUUGGAAGUGGCACAAGAACAUUGAUUACAGAUAACUUGCCUGAACCCAGUAGAACAUUAAAAUACAAGUAUAUCUACAUAGGGUCCAUUGGCCCACUGCCAUCUGAAGAACUUCAAGGUACCUCAAGUGUCUUGGAAUUCCGUAAUGUUCAAGCCGGUAAACUACUUCUUGGAAAUGAUAACACAGUCCAGGGAUAUGCCAGUUUCAUUGGACUCAUGCAGCAACUCGUUUUCAAUCAAAAUCACUUUUUUGAAAUGGCAAAAUCUGGUAAAGUGAAAAAUAUCGAGGUAACUGCUCGGUUUGAUGGAGGCUCAAAUAUUGUCCGGGAUCCAAUAACAUUCAAGCAAAUGUCGUCUUAUGCAGAGCUCCAAACAUUAAAUAUACAUUUGCUGUUUGUUAUCUCUUUUAAAUUUAAAACAACAGAACCUGAUGGUCUACUACUUUAUAGUGGUGGAAAAGGGCAAGAUUUCUUGUCAAUGGAGCUAAUUGAUGGGUACCUUUAUUACACUUAUAAUAUGGGCAAUGGAGCACAAGUUAUCAAGGGAAACACUCCUGGACCCCUGAAUGAUAAUCGGUGGCACUUGGUAUCCUUGUCUCGUUUAGAGAAAACUUCUCAGUUUUUCCGCAUUGAUAUCAAUCCUACUGAGCACAUUCAUGUCCUUGAUGGAAAAGCCAUCCACUUUGACUUAGAAGGUCCUUUAUACCUUGGUGGAGUAAAAAAAACCAUGUAUCAUAAUUUACCAAAAUCUGUCCGUUCCAGGCAUGGAUUUCAAGGAUGCAUGGCAUCGAUAGAUCUGAACAACAUAUACCCAAACGUUUUGAAGGACGCUCUCCUUGUUCAUGGGCCAGUCAUACCAGGAUGUAAAGGUCCUAGUCGGGAGUGCCACCCCGAGGCUUGUAUGAACCAUGGAGAGUGUGUACAACAGUGGAACUCUUACACCUGUAACUGUGACUUGACUUCAUAUUCGGGGCACAGCUGUAGCGAAGUAGAUCAACAAUCUGUUAUUGAUUAUGUCUCCUUCCAUUCUGAUGUUUCUCUCUCUCUCUCUCUCUCUCUCUCUCUCUCUGUCUCUCUCUCUUUUGUUUCUCUGUCACAUGGUGCCAGUGUAAUUGCAUCAGGAUUAACACUUUCACUGUCCUUUUAUAUACCACAAAAAUAUCACAGUACUGUUGUUUUUUUAUGUCAUUUCUUAUGA